CGUCUAGUCACCCUCGUCGCCGCCGCUCGCCUCGAGGCGCGCGAGCCACUCGCGGGCCGCGCUCUGGGCCUCGGGCGCCCAAGCGUCCGCGCGGUCCGCGAAGCCCGGGGUCAGGGCCGGCGGCGCGCCGAGCCCUCGCAUGGAACAGGCGACCUGGUUCCAGCCCCCCAAGAGGCGCUCCUGCAAGACGGUCUCCAGCCGCAGGAGCUCGCGCUCGGCGGGCUCGCCCCCGCCCGCGUCGUAGGCCGCGUGCCAGAGCUGCUUCGCGGCCGCCGCCGCGUCGGGGCUCCCCUUGGCAACGCGCCGCGCGAACUCCAGCGCCGCGUCGAAGGCCGAGCCCUCGACGACGCGCGUGACCAAGCCGAGCUCCAGGGCCUCGCGCGCGCCGACGACCCGGCCCGACGUCGUCAGCUCGAGCGCGACGUCUCGCCGCGUCAGCUCGCGCAGCGCGGCCGUCGCGCCCAUGUCGGGCACGAGCCCCCACUUGGCCUCCAUGACCGACAGCUUCGCGUCCUCCGCCGCGACGCGGACGUCGGCGCCGAGCGCGAUCUGCAGGCCGCCGCCGAAGCACGCGCCGUGGACCGCGGCGACGACGGGGCACGGCACGCCGCGCCAGAGGUAGGACACGGCCUGCGCGAGGUUCGCCGCCUCGCCGUCCGCACGCUCGAGCAGCUCGGCGCAGUUCGCCUUCGCGCGGAGCGGGUGCAUGACGCCCUUCACGUCGAGGCCCGCGCAGAAGGCGCGCCCCGCGCCCCGGAGCACGACGCACCUCACGCUCGCGUCGUCGCGCAGCUUGCGCGCCGCGUCCCGCACGCCGCGAAAGGCCGCCAUGUUCAGCGCAUUGAGCUUCUCGGGGCGGUCGAGCGUGACCACUGCUAUGUGCUUGUCUACGCGUUCGACGCGCACCGAGAGCCGUCUCCGCGGCGCGACACGAGUGACUGCUCGGCGCAUGGCUCUUUGGUAGAUGGGCGUCCCGGUGGCAAGUUAUUAAUCGAGUCAGUGUCCGUAUACGCGGUAGCAUCAAGCACAUCUAUGGCACCCUUGAACAGUCGACAGUGCACAUAGUACACUAUCGUCGCGUGAAGCCACUGCUUCAUUGCACGUGUUUGGCC